GGGCCUGUUUUCAACACUAAGGAGGCUAUAAGGAACGAGAAGCAAGCAGCAAGUCCAGUCUGGAAUGGAGAACAGCCAAGAUGAUCUCCUCAGAUUGGACCUGGUUCUGGUCCUAUUUGGGGAAGUGCGACUAAACAAGUCUUCACUCGUGAGCAAUUGAUUGCAGCUAUAGCCUCAACACUCGCUUUAAACUGAAGCAGCCUCUCACUCAAUCAACGGGAAUGCCCCUCCCCGUCAAGCUAUAUAAAUAGGCAUCGAAGCCGCCUGUUUGCAAGUUUGUGGGUAAACUGAAAGAAUACUUAAUCGGUUUGGAAUGAUCUCUUCUAAGCGUGAGGGCCACUGUCUCAUUUGUUAGUAGUCUCGGUCUGUCAGGCUUGUUUGGUGAACAGUGGAUGUGCAAGAGUGAAAAUCUUCCAGGCAUCUGUAUGAAGGCUGCCCUUGAACAUGGUUGGAUUAAAACCAACAGAUGUGCCUCCAACAAAUGGUGUAAAAGUUGUUGGUGCUGGAGCAGCAGCGUGUGUAGCUGAUCUGGUUACAUUCCCUCUUGAUACCACCAAAGUCAGAUUGCAGAUUCAAGGGGAAUCCAAGUCUAACAACAAUGUGACCUCUCCAAAGUAUAGAGGUGUCUUUGGUACCAUGGUGACAAUUGUGAAAACUGAAGGAGCAAGAAGCCUCUAUAAUGGCUUGGUGGCUGGUCUUCAACGUCAGAUGAGCUUUGCAUCGGUGCGUAUUGGGCUUUAUGAUUCUGUCAAACACUUCUACACCAAUGGAUCUGAUGCUAUUACCAUCAGUAGUCGUUUGCUCGCUGGCUGCACAACAGGAGCCAUGGCAGUCACCAUGGCACAGCCAACAGAUGUGGUGAAAGUAAGGUUUCAAGCACAAUUAAACAUAACUGGUGUGAGUAAGAGGUACAGUGGGACCAUAGACGCCUACAGAAAAAUCGCGAAGGAGGAAGGACUUCCAGGAUUGUGGAAAGGUACUGUGCCAAAUAUUAUUCGCAAUUCUGUUGUGAACUGCUCUGAGCUAGUGACAUAUGAUUUGAUCAAGGAAGGGCUGAUCAAGUAUAACUUUAUGACUGAUAACCUGCCAUGCCACUUUUGUUCUGCUUUUGGUGCUGGAUUCUGCACAACCAUUGUAGCCUCACCUGUUGAUGUAGUAAAAACAAGAUACAUGAACUCUGCUCCUGGCCAAUACAGCAGUGCCUUAAGUUGCUCCUUUAUCAUGCUGACAAAAGAGGGAUUCACAGCUUUCUAUAAAGGGUUUAUGCCCUCCUUCCUGCGUCUGGGGUCAUGGAACGUGGUAAUGUUUGUUACAUAUGAACAGUUGAAACGUGCAAUGAUGUUGGUGAAGCAGUCCUGGGAAUAAUCAUCUUGUUCCACAUUUUAUAUUGUUACAGCACAGUUUUUAAUAUUUACCAUGUUUAUAUAAAUCCAAAGGGCCAGGAUUUCUUGAUCCUUUUUUCCUGUUUUAAAGAAUGAUUGAUUCAGACUGUGGGCAUGUCGCUGGUCGAUUGCAAGGCAAGAUCUUGCUGCUUUAUUUCUUAACUUGAGGUAACUUGAAUAUAUUUUUGAAGGUGAAUAAAGAUAAUUAUUUGUCUUUUCUAUUCUGGAGUGUAGAAACUAAUGACCCCAAUACCUCUACUUCUAAUAUAAUCAGGUUUUUUCCCCCCUCCAAGUCUGAAGUGUUGUAGAGACAUAUAUUUUAAAUUCUUUUCAUGGGUUGCCAGACAGGCCAAAUGCUGACUGCAGUUUGGAGGGUGAGAUGGGGGGGUGGGGUGUCAGUAUGGAGUACUGUUCUGUAUCUGAGUCAUUCACUUCUGUAGUCAAAAAUGGAUAAAGCAUGAUUUGAGGAUCAUGUCAUCAAGCAAUGACUUUGUUCUAAGUUGAACACAAUUGCUUUUAAUUCCAGAAAAUGUUAGAUAUUGCAGAUCCUUAGCUUCUGGAAAAGCUCAACAGAUCUGGCAGCUGUUAUAGAGCUAGAGAAGGUUAAUAUUUUGAGAUCGGUAUGAUUUGAUGUUAAUGAAACCUUAAUUUCCCAGUCAUGUUGGGCUUAACAUGACCUCUUGUCUGUCUGCACAUAUACUGCCAGACCUGCUGAGUCUCUACAGUACUUUGCUAUUUCUGUGGUCUCUCUCUGGUGUGACAUGUCUAGAAAACAACUCAAAUUCUGAUCUUUGCUUCAUGUGAAAGUGAAACAUAUGCAUUGUUAACAUUACUGCAACAUAUGGCUUUUUUGAUCUGGUUAUUUAAAACCACUUCACUUCUGUAAUCUGGUAUGCUGAUCUUUGAUACAGUAAGAAAUCCAGACAAGUUUGGAUUCUAAUUUCAGGUGCCUUUAUUCUGUUUUUGUUUUAAUUAAAAUAUAAUCCUUACCCCCUUUGCAUAACAACUUGUUGAAAGCAUUUGUAUUUACAUGUCAUCUU